AUGGCGACAGUUAUCAAUAUCACCGCCGAUGAAUGCGAGUGCGAAUCCUUCAAUUCCCUCGUCAAGGCGAAGAUGACGUACUGCUUCCUCCGCUUGGGCGGAGGCGCGGGCAUAGCUGCCGCGCUCGAGUCCCACCCGGAGCGUGGCAUCUGCGGGGACGGCGCGGACGUGCGUCGUCGCAAGGAGGCGUACGGCGAGAACACGUACCCGAAGCCCAAGCCGAAGAGCUUCUUCAGCCACGUCCGGGACGCGCUCAGCGACGUCUUGCUCAUCGCGCUCCUCGUCUGCGCCGUCGUCGCUCUUGGCUUCGGCAUCAAGGAGCACCGCCUCAAGGACGUGUUGUACGAUAGCCUCAGUAUCUUCAUCACCGUCUUCUUCAUCUCCGGCGUGGCUGCGGCCAUCAGCCACGCCAAGGCCAAGUUGGACGAGAAGCUGGUCCGCGAGUCCGCCGACAUCGGCGUCACCGUUGUCCGCGCCAGCCGGAGGCAAGAGGUCUCCGUAUUUGACGUCGUCGUCGGCGACGUGGUGAUACUCAAGACCGGCGAGGCCGUGCCGGCGGACGGAGUGUUCUUGAAGGGGCACGGCCUGCAGGUGGAUGAGUCGACAAUUACUUUCGACCUGAGCACCGUCUGCAUCGAUGCUGAGAUCAACCCCUUCCUAGCCUCCGGCGUGACUGUCGUGGCUGGCCACGGCUCGAUGGUCGUCACCGCCGUCGGCACCAACACCACUUGGGGCGAACUGAUCAACACCGAGAAAAACGCCGACGAGCCGGUGCCGUUACGGGAGCGCCUCGACGUACUAACGUCGACCGUCGGCAAGAUUGGCGUCGCCGUCACCGUGGUCACCUUCACCGUACGCCACUUUACCGGCGGAACGGGGAAGCUGGCGCUGUUGGACAAGGGCAUCCCGCUACCGCUGGCGGUGUCACUGAUGAUCACCUUCUAUAUGAUGCAGAUGGCGAAGGAUAACCUGCACAGUAUGUCUGCGUUCGAGGGGAUGGCUUCGGUCACGGCCAUCUGCGCCGACAAGACCGGAAUGCUCACCCUGAACCAGAUGGUGGUGACCGACUUCUGGGUCGGCACUGACCAGCCGAGGGCUGCCACUUCCAUUGCCGGAAGCGUCAUUAAUUUGCUCCGACAGGGAGCCGGGCUCAACACCACCGGAAGCGUGUACUGGCCGGACAACGCAUUGCCACCGGAGAUGAUGGGCAGUCCGACGGAGAAGGCGUUGCUGUCGUGGGCUGUGGCGUACCUCGACAUGGACGCAGCAACGUUCAAGACGACCGGCAGGGUCGUAUAUGUCGAGGCGUUCGACCACGCCGAAAUCAAGGACAGGACCACCGGCGCGGUGAUCGCGCACUGGAAAGGCACCGCUGAGGUGGUCCUGCCCAAGUGCUCAAUGUACGUGGACAUGGAGGGAAAGACGCACGAGAUAGGCGUCCAGCAGAUUAAGAAGCUUGACAAGAUCAUCGACGACAUGGCGGCGCGUGGCCUACAGUGCAUCGCCUUCGCGUACAAGCAGAUCGCCGACGAGAAACCAACAUUGCUGGGCUUGGUCGGCUUGAAAGACCCGUUCCGAUUAGACGCCAAGGCCACUAUUGAAGCCUGCGCGAAUGCCGGCGUCGCUGUGAAGAUGCUCACCGGCGACGGUUUCCUCGCGGCGCGCGCGGUCGCCACGGAGUGUGGCGUCAUAUCCAGCAACGAUCCCGACAACGUUCUCAUUGAGGGGCGAAUGCUCCACACCAUGCCAUGGGCGAAGCAGUUGGAGAUCGUGGACAAAGUCCGCGUCAUUUUCGGGACACGGCCCGUGGACAAGCGGUUGCUGGUGAAGCUGCUGAAGCACAAGGGGCAGGUGGUGGCCGUGACCGCCAGCGGCAGCGGCACCAACGACGCGCUAGCGCACAUGGACGCCGAUGUGGUGCUGUCCAUGAGCGUCAAGGGCACGGAUGUUACCAAGGACACCAUCAUCCUGGACGACAAGUUACACACGGUGGUGACGGCUAUCCGGAGGGGACGCUGCGCCUACAAUUAUCUCCAGAGGUUCAUCCAGUUUCACCUCACCGUCAAUGUCGUGGCCAUUCUCGUCAACUUCGUGUCCACGAUCACGACGGGCCAUACUCCGCUGACAACCGCGCUGAUCAUGUGGGUGAACCUGGUGAUGGGCACCAUGAGUGCGCUUGCGGUGGCCGCGGACAAGCCUGCCGAGGCGCUCAUGGGCCGCCCGCCCAUCGACCGCACGGCGCCGCUCAUCAGUCGUACGAUGAGGCUAAACCUCGCCGCCCAGGCAGCGUUCCAGACUGCCGUGGUGCUGGCGCUCCAGUACCGCGGCCGCGACAUCUUCGGCACCGACGACAAGGCCAACGGCAUCAUGAUCUUCAACAUGUUCGUGCUUUUCCAGUUGUUCAACGAGUUCAACGUCCGGGGCAUCGAGAAGAGGAACGUCUUCGCCGGGGUGCUCGAGAAGAAAGGGAUGAUGUUCCUCGUCCUCGUCGCGCUGACACUCGUGCUGCAGGCGCUGACGGUGGAGGUGCUCACCAGGUUCGCCGGCACCAAGAGGCUGGGCCUGGGCCUUUGGGGCGUCUGCCUUGUCAUCGCCGCAGUGUCGUGGCCCAUCGGCUGGACAGCCAAGUUAAUUGCUGGAGCAUGCAGCCGUGCCACUCCCACUCGCACGGACGGUCCAUGAGAUCUCGAAAAGCUGGAAUAUUGUACCGUGCCAACCUAAAAAAAAACAUCAAGAUCCAAAAAAAAGGUCACAUCUCACAUAUAUACCUUAGGUGCUAGGUGGUGGUUGCUUCAUACAUUGGUUUUUUUACUUCUAUCUUUUCGAUGGAUUGUACUACACAGU